AUUUGGGCCUUGGGGUUGCACAAGGGGCCCAUUUUCUGGCCCAGCUAUAGACAAUGACGGCUGGUUGACUAGCCGUUACAACUUAGCUGUAGUAGCUUAUAACACAUCUCCAUGUUUCAAGCUUACCAAUUUUUCGAAAGAUAACCGUUGAGGAUAGAAAAAUGACAGAAAGCCGAAGGAAAAGCGUGUGCAUACUUUCAUGGGCUGAUGAGGUUGAGAAAGAAGAAGAAGAAGAAGCUCAAGCUGACCUCCUCUGUCAAACAAAAACUCAGAAACCAAACCCUUUUGGGUCUGCAAGGCCUAGAGAAGUUGUGCUCAAGGAGAGAGGGAUUGAUUGGAGAGUUAUUGACCAUGGUCAAGGUCUACUCCAACUACCAUUCUCUGACAGCAUCAAAAAACAUUCUAAUGGGAAACCUCGACGUGAAAUUGUUUCGAAUAUGGCAUUUUGUGGGGUGACAAGGAACCCGGAACAGGUUUUGGUUUUGGCCCCACCAGUUCCUGUGAGUCACUGUAAUCAGAUUCCUAUUAGAUGCCCAACAGGAAAUGGCAUCCUCAAAUGGGUAGAGAAGCCCUGCAUUUCUCCUAACAUUUGCCGAGGAAGUUCAAAUAGAUAUGAACCAGAAAAGGAGAACAUGGGUCAUGAACACAGGCUGCAAAGGGACCAUUGCGCUAAGAGCUCCGACUCCAGAACUCACAAGGGUCCUUUCCUAAAUGGGAAAAUAGGGGAACAUGGAAGUAAAGCCAAACUAGGCCAAGAGAAAAGGCGAAGGAGAUGGAGCAAUGUAGCAUCCAUAAAAGAUGGAACAACUAGCAUUAAAGAGCUCUGUGACAGCAGUGUGCCAAGGUGUGUUCCUGCAGGUAUUGAGCUUAAGAAGUUGAAAAUGUCCAAUACACCAGAUAGGACAAUGGACGAUCUCCAAAGCUUCCACGUAGUUGCUGGUGAAAGUGGCCAAGGUAGGGUUGGUCGCCAUAGAAUGAGGAGGAACCCCAAAAAAAAUGACAGUUUGAUUAGAGCAUUGAAUUAAUAAAGUUCAGUGAUUAUUUGUAGUAUUGAUGCGUUAUAAGCUAGUUUGAUGUCUUGUAAAACAUUUUAUUUUAGGGGACACUAACAAGUCAUUUGAUUCAGAAAUGUAAUUUAAUUAAAAAUUCUUUAUUUGCACUAUCUUAUGCGGAUAUUUUUAAAAUCAAUUGUCUAACUUAAUCAGUAAUCUGUUAUAAGAGUUCAAUCUUUGAUCAACCAAAUCCUUUUUUCUUAUUUUAAAUCCAGU